GUUGCUAACGUGGAGACGGUUGCGGUGUCGCCCACCAUUUGCCGACGCGGCGGCGAAUGGUUCCACAGCUUUGGGCGCGAGCGUAACUCGGGAACCAAACUCUUCAACAUCUCCGGCCAUGUCAACAACCCCUGCACCGUGGAGGAGGAGAUGUCCAUCCCCCUCAAGGAGCUCAUCGAGAGGCACGCCGGUGGUGUGACCGGAGGCUGGGAUAAUCUCCUGGCCAUCAUUCCCGGUGGAUCAUCCACGCCCCUGAUCCCCAAAUCGGUCUGUGACGAUGUGAUGAUGGACUUUGACGCUCUGAUCGAGGCUCAGACAGCCCUGGGAACAGCCGCUGUAAUCGUCAUCGAUAAGUCUGUAUGUACUCCAGGGGGAGCCACUGUAUCCCUGUCCCGGGAGGGUGUAGAGGGAGCUUUACUAUGUCUCUAACCCCGUGCUGUC